ACCGUGUAGUUCAUAGUGCGAGAGCAAUGAGAGUCUCUAUUACGCAUUGUGCUGCCGAUCCGAAAGUGCAAACGCACUACUUGUCCUGAAACAUGAGCCUCCAUAUAUUAGGCAGCAUCGACAUCGACCCCACCACUGAUGUGUAAUGUGUAUCUCAUAAAACCCCGGCGACAGACUGGCGCCGCGUGCUGCUGCGAGCAUUGAUGACGAUAUACUUUCUUUCGAUUGUUUCGGCUGUUUGGCGUCGCGUUCGAAUCCUGUGAGACUUCUUCGCGUCGUCGUCGCCACGACACGGGAAGGAUGUUGACCAAGCUGGAAAUACUGCUGAUCAACAAUCCCGCAGGAAUCUACUAUCCCGGACAGGAGCUCAUCGGUGACGUGGUUGUAACGCUCGGGAAAAGCUGCUCGGUGUCUAAAUUGCUCCUUACAAUCAAUGGCGUUGGAAAGACGAAGUUCACCGAUCGGGAGAGUAGACAAAAGGGAACUUUCAGAGGCAAGGAGCGAUAUUUGACGUCCAAGCUGGUGCUCUAUCAACCUUAUGACAAACUUACGGAAAUCCCCGCAGGAACGUACAGCCAUGGAUUUGCGUGUCAACUACCGGAUACCCUCCCAGCUUCGUUUGAAGGCAAAUUCGGAAACAUCAGGUACUGGUUGAAGGCCACUCUGGAACGACCCUGGCGACAGGCUAAGAACUAUACGAUCCACUUUCAAGUCGUCCGGCAGCUCGAUCUAAACGAUGAAGUCCUGCUACCGGUGCGAUCCGAGCUCACCAAAUCCCUCGGCUAUUGGCCGUGCAUUCCCAGUGGGAUCCUGUACGCGUCCGUCGAGCUAUCGACUUCGGGAUUUGUACCGGGUCAGUUCAUUCCGGUGGUGAUCCAAGUCAACAACAAGGGGAACAACAAAAUGACCAGGAUAGUGACCAAGCUAGUGCAGAAGGCGAUCUACAGUGCGAAGCGACCGUUCAUGUACCAGAAGGUGGACCGAACGAUCGUCUGCAAGAAUGUGACCCCGGGUAUCCGAUUACCGGAGGGUGGAGUGCUCGCGGCUGAGAACCUCCAGGUGCCUUGGGUGCUUCCCACGAGUUGCUAUUCGUUUGUGGUCCAAAUUGCGUACGAAGUGGCGGUGGAGUUUGAGUUCGACACUUGCUUUUUCAACGCCAACCAGACGGUUCGGGUUCCGGUCACGAUCGGUGUAAUACCGGCACGGGACUCCAAUCUCAUCGAAAGCAAAGCCAUACGGGUGUGGACGAGGAAAGCAUGAGUGCUGUGAAAUUACCAAGACUUAUCAAAUUCUAAGGACUGUUGAAUACUGGAGUGAAAUUCAAGAAUCGUUUAUUGCAUGUUGAUACCUACUAAAGUGUUCCAUUUUCUUCUUGACUCUGUUAUUGAUGGUUUGAUCAAACAAAUGGGAACUUAUUCUGAAUUCUAUUAUUGAAUAAAUACGAACACAAAAUGUCUAUGGAUUAAUAUUCUAUCACAAGUUCUGAGUUUGGGCAAAUAUUUUAGACAGACAUAGGUCAGAACGAGCUAGGUGAUCCAAAACAUUCAA